GAGCAUUGAAAGAAAUAUUCCUAGUUUGGGAGGUGUUAUCAUUACUCAAAGUCAAUAUACCCAACCCUAUUAUAAGCCAAUGUAUCGCCCAUGCCAGUUCUACUGGUACUAGUUCCAAAUUGUUAGAGGAUGAUAUCCCCACAUCUAGCGACAAA